AUGGUCACCAACAGACUAUGGCGUACUCUUUCUGCCUUCAACUGCUCCACCCGAAGAUGGGCACCCAUACCUUUACGAAACACACAAAGCCAAGUGACGCAGAGGCUUUCUCCCACAUCACGGAAAAUCGACACUUUAUGGACGCAGAGGCUUUCUAUCAUAUCAUGGAACAUCGACGCCUUCUCCUCGCGGCCCGUCUCACGCGCCAAACUCAUCCUCAGCCAUAUCCUCGAGGGACCGAAAUCUCCUGAUAUCCUCUUUCUCCAAGAAGUCACGCCUGAUGUCCGGGCUUCUCUCCUGGACGAUGCGAGAGUGCGCGCUGCUUUCCUGGUGACUGACGCCGAAGACCAAACGUCGUUUGAGGACGUGCCCUUUGCGACCAUGACGUUGCUGUCCAGCGCGCGCUUUGCCUUCGGCCUGGAUUCGCAAAAGGAAAGCGAUGGGAUCGAGGGAGGGGAAAAUUUCAUGCUCGGGCGCAUCUCCCGCGUGGCACUCCCGAGCAAGUACAGGAGGGAUGCGCUUUAUGUGGACAUCAUUCCCCCAACCGCGCCGGGCACAUUCUUCCGUCUCAUCAACGUGCACCUCGACUCGCUUGGGGAUACGCUACACUACCGCACCCAUCAGAUGGAGAUACUGGCCAACGUCCUACGCGAGCCCGGAUGCAGUGGCGGGGUCAUUGCGGGCGACUUCAACGCCAUCAGCCCCGAGGAUGAUGGGCUCGUCAACAAGAACGGACUGGUAGAUGCGUGGGUCGCAUUGCACGGGGGGGCAGACCCUGAUGGAGCCACGUGGGGUGUCGGCGUGGAACGGCGGAAUGGACUGGGGCCGGGCAGGUUGGACAAGAUUGCAAUGAUGGGCUUAAAAGCUAAGGAAAUGGAGGUCCUCCGCCCUGGUCCUAUUGAGGUGCCCAGGCCGGGCGAGGAACCUGUCGAGAUUCCUUGGAGUGACCAUUGUGGGCUGAGAUGCACCUUUACCAUCUGA